GGAGGCAGAAGCGGGGGAGGACGAAGAGCGCGAGGAUGAGGAUGAAGCUGAGGAGGAGGAGGAGGAGGAGGAGGAUGAAGAGCAGGAGGGGGAGGGGAAGCCCCCGGAGCCCCCCCCGGAGCCCCCAGGCAGGGCCCGGGUGGGGCUGGUGUACGACCCCCGCAUGGAGGAGCACAGGAACACCUGGGACAGCCACCACCCCGAGUGCCCGCAGCGCCUGCCCCGCGUGCUGCAGCGGCUGCAGGAGCUCGGCCUGGCGCAGCGCUGCGUCCCCGUGCCUGCCCGGCCCGCGAGCCGCCGCCAGCUGCGCGCCUGCCACACGCCCUCCCACGUGCAGACGCUGUCCCGUGUCCCCGCGCUGUCCCCGCGGGAGCUGGGGGCGCUGGCGCAGCGCUACCCCAGCGUGUUCCUGUGCCCGCGCUCGUUCCGCUCUGCCCGCCUGGCCGCGGGGGGGGCGUGCGCGGCCGUGGGGGCCGUGCUGGGGGGGCAGGUGCGCUCGGCUCUGGCCGUGCUGCGCCCCCCGGGGCACCACGCCCGGCCGGGCUCCGCCGGGGGCUUCUGCCUCUUCAACAACGCGGGGGUGGCUGCGCGGCACGCGCAGAGCCUGGCGGGGACCCCCCUCAGGGUGCUGAUCCUGGACUGGGACAUUCACCACGGCAACGGCACCCAGGAGAUCUUCGAGGAGGACCCCAGGUGGGAUCGGGGGGUCCUGGGGGGUGACGAAUCCGGCCCCCCUGGCGGGGGGAGGGGCCCCGCCCCCCCCGUGGGGGAGCGGGGUGGGGGUCUGGCGCGUGCGUUGCUGCCGGUGGUGCGGUGA